UUUCAAUGAGGUUACUGUACUGUGCCUCAUCCGCUCGUCCGCAAGUAUGGAUUCCUGUUUUGUGAUUGUUGCCUUUCUCUUUGCUUUCAGUCUUUCCAGUGGAGAGAGGACGCUAAAGUUUGUCACUGUGCUCUACCGACAUGGUGACAGAUCUCCGAUUAAGGCCUAUCCAAAUGAUCCAUACAAGGAGAGUGACUGGCCUCAGGGUUUUGGACAGCUCUCUCAGGAGGGAAUGAAGCAGCACUUUGAACUGGGUCAGUUUUUAAAGAAACGCUACACAGGAUUCCUGAGUGAGGACUAUAACAGAUAUGAGAUAUACGUUAGAAGUACAGAUAUUGACCGGACUCUGAUGAGUGCAGAAGCUAACCUGGCUGGCAUGUUCCCACCUAACGGUUCUGAGGUCUUUAACCCAGAUCUGAAAUGGCAACCGAUACCAGUUCACACCAUCCCGAGUGAAGAAGAGCGGCUACUCUCAUUCCCACUAGAAAACUGUCCACGUUACAAACAGCUCAUGAAUGAGACUGCAAAAACGGAUGUUUUUCUCAACAUGACUGAAACCUAUAAGGAUUUUAUAGAGAUGGUGAAAAAUAAAACAGGGCUGGAGUUGGCCUCCAUUGAGAAUAUUUGGAGCGUCUAUGAUACAUUAUUCUGUGAGGCACAACAUGGGAAAAAGGCGCCAGAUUGGGUUACUCAAGAUGUCAUGCAGACGCUGAAGCUGUUGAAGAACUUUGGUUUUCAGAUUUUGUUUGGAGUCUACAAGAGAAAGGAAAAGUGCAGACUACAGGGAGGCCUGCUUGUAGAUCAGAUUAUCAAGAAUCUCUCGAUUGCAGCAGCUACAGACUCUCAAAACAAAGUCAAGAUGAUUGUUUACUCUGCUCACGACACAACAAUUGUAGCCCUCCAGGAAGCUCUGAACGUCUUUAAUGGUGUACAGCCACCUUAUGCCUCAUGUCAUAUGAUUGAACUUUACCAGGAAGACAAUGGGAUGUUUUCAGUGGAGAUGUUUUAUCGCAAUGACAGCAGCGUGUCUCCGUAUGCAGUGUCUUUACCAGGAUGUUCUCAGCGCUGUCCCCUACAGGACUUUGUGAACAUCACUCGUGAAGUCAUUACACUGGACUGGAAUAAAGAGUGUCAGCUGAGCAAAGCAUCCACAGAUUCAG